AUGAUUCGGCGACGUGUGGGGAUCAUCUGUCAGCUGGUCGGUGAGCUGCGGCUACGACUGUCGGUGAUGCUCGUGCGGUCGGCUGAGAACCGAGCUGACGCACUGACGCGAGUCCCCAAAGACUGGCUUCGUAACGUGAGUGUGACUCGAGAGUGCGAGUCUCCAUCGCCCGGAGUCAGUGCGGCGGUCGUCUCCGAGCCGCCGCCUCUGGCCGGUGCCGCCGCUGGGCGUGCCGACAGCGGUACGGCGGACGAGCUCCGUGCAGCCGUGUGCCAGUCACACGAUCGGGCCGGCCACCCCGGUGUCCGUCGGACAUUGUACUUUGCCCGCCGUGAUGUGUCGCGUGACGUCACCCGGGCUAUGGCUCGUGCAGUGGUGGAGAACUGUGACGCGUGCCGCUCGAUUGACCCGGCCCCGGUGCGGUGGAGACAUGGCUCGCUCGGCGUGUCUGUCCCGUGGCAGCGCAUAUCCAUUGACGUCACCCAUCACCGCGGACAGAACUACCUCACCGUCAUUGACUGUGGGCCAUCGCGCUUCUGCGUGUGGCGCUCGCUGCGUCGCGCCAACGCCAACGAGAUCGUUGGCCACCUAGAGCAGCUAUGUCUCGAGCGCGGAGCCCCUGAGGAGAUCCUGACAGACAAUGACACGGUGUUCCGUGGCCGACAUAUGGCUGUGCUCACGGCGCGGUGGAGAGUGGCUCUCAGAUUCCGAGCUGUCCACGAGCCAGGCGGGAAUGGUGUGGUGGAGCGGUGCCAUCGGACAAUCAAAGUCAUCGCCGCGAGGCGCCAGUGUACCGUGGCCGAAGCGGUUCACAUUUACAACGUGACCCCGCGCGAUGGAGUGACGGCAGAGUCCGCCCCGGCAUCCGGGGUGUAUCAGUACACCGUGCGGGAUUGUAUUCGGUCCGCGCCGUCUGACGCCGCUGAAGCUAGCGAGCGGCACUCACUCGUGUCUGACGACCGGUGUCGUGUUAGGCCGCCGCUAUCUGACGCCACGGAGGCUAACGCGAGGGUUCGGAGUCGGACCAUACGGAGAGGCCGGAGCUGCUGGGACUGCGCCUCCGUCGGCGGCGGCCGCGGUUCUCAGACGAAUGUGACCACCUCCGGUGUGGGGGAUCCGCAGGCCGGGAAGCUUGGCGGAGACCUGCCGGCCCGGCGGUGGCGCGGCCUGCGAUGGACGGUCGACGGCCGGGUCUCGGGAAGCAUCCGCCCGAACUAA